AUGGCGUCUCUUCGUAAACACCAGAUUAGCGGGCCAGUAGCUGGCUCCGUUAGAAAGGAAUCGAUAGCAUUCGGCGGUGGUGCUCCUAAGGCGUCGAAACAGGACCAAGACCGUGUAGCGGAACUAUUAAAACGACGGCAAUCUACAAGAAUCAUUUCUGCCCCCAUUCCUGUGGGGAAGACUAUGCUGGAUGCCCCUGGCGUACCGGUUAUACCUUCACAAUUCUCAGGCACCGGAGCGUCUGGGUCUUCCAGGACCGAAGCACCUAGUACCAGGCGGCCGGGGACAUCCGGUGGGAGGAAGAUCCAGCUACCGGAAGGAAAAGGGGUUCCUGUCAAUGUUGAAGAUUAUAUGGUGGACGACUUUGAUGCUUCGAGCUAUAUAUCUACGAUCCUCCGAGAUGCAACCGAAGAUGAGGUCCGACAGUAUCAGGCCGAUCUUAUACGGACCCGGAAACGUACAUCAGCCGACCUUCAAACUAACGUCUACGUCAACCGUAUACAAUUUAUCUCUAUCUCUAAAGAAAUUGGAAAUGUCAAAGAAGAAAUGAGGACUCUCCGAAACCUCUUAGCUGAACUGGAUCUUACUACUCAGUCACUCAACAGCAAUGCAGAUAGCGAAUUAAUGUCACCACUGUCUUUUGAGGCCAGUGGUAUGGAGAGCAUGUUGGGUGGCGGUGGUAGUGCAGCCUCUAGGAAGAAACGAAAUCGUACUUCGAUCGCCGACCUUACUCAGAUGUGGGCUACACACCUAAAACUCCUUUGGGAAAGAGUUGAAAACUCGCAAAAGUACCUCCCAGCAUCCCCAGGAAGGCAUAUAGUAAUGGAUAGCCCCCAGUGGGUCGAACUGAACUCUGCUACUUGGAAACCCACGCGGCAGGUGCAUAUGUUUCUUCUUAAUGACCACCUCCUCGUUGCAUCCCUGAAAAAACGUCGUCCAGACGCAGCUAAUCGCGGCGGACCGCCUACUAAGCUCUUCGCGGAACACUGCUGGCAGCUGAAUGAAGUCGACAUGAUUGAUCUCGCAACCUCAUCUUCGGAAACCUGCGCUAUUAAUAUUAGAGUAGCUAAGGAAUCAUUCGUGUACCGCAGUGAUAAGGCUGAUAAGAAAGCCAAACUCCUGAUGACGUUCAAGAAAACCGUUGAUGAGAUGCGGAAGGCUCUUAAGUCAGAGUCGGACGAUCAGAAAAAGGUUAAAGAUAACGUUACUUUCCUCUCCACACGAGAUCCAGCGCUCCAAGACCAGGACGACCUGUUGAGAACUAUAUCUGCUUCCAUGGGGAGAGAUCGACCGAAUAUAAUGAUUGACGUCGAUGGAACCCAACGGAAUCUUAGAUGGGUCGAAACGCAAAUGGAUGAACUGGAUGAAUUGAUCUCCCGACGAAAUUUUGAAGAUGCAGUCGGGAGAUUGGAGUUUUUGAGAGGUAUUGCGAUGAAGCACGCUAAGAGUAAUACAGUUGCUAGCGAGUUCAUCACAUUUAGAGUAGACGAAAGGGCAUUGAGAUUAAGUGCACAGAUCACAGCGGAUCUAAGGGAGUAUGCUUCCUGGAAGACCUAUGUAAAGAAGAAUGCGGAUUGGCUAGUACGGUUGGAGUUUGAGGAUAGAGCUAGAGAGGCCUUGUUGGAUGCUCGAAGUGCCACUAUGAAACUACGGACUAGACAAGUUCGCUUCGAAGGUGACAUUCCAUCCUAUGUCUCUCAGGUUGCCCUCGUUCAAUUCACCCUCAUCCGUAAUACGGUAGAGAUCUACAAUGCCUGCUUUGAAUAUCGCCUAUCGAGUCCUCUCGUUAAAUGGGCUAAGGAGCAUGUGGAAGGUUACUCCGACCUUGUUACGCGCCAGCUCUCAUCAGUUACUAGAGAAGAUGAUGUGUUUGAACAAUGCGUCCAGUACACGCUUCUCCACUCUACUCUGCUUACAGAUGUCGGAUUGGACUUUAGGGAUCUGAUGUUGCCUAGGGUCACGGCUAUCAGCACACCAGAUGCUCUGGGAGAGCCCAGUACUCCCCCAUUUUGA